AGUAGUUGCCUGUCGCAGCAACGCUGACAAAUACACGAGAGGUAGAUAGCGAAAGAGACUCGGGAACUGAGCUACCCUCUCUCUCUUCUCACAAACACAAACAGCUGAGCUGAAACACAAAGCUUAUAUAGCCCAUUGUAAUUACCACCCUAUAGUCCUAUAUACCAAUCCCACACCACGCCAUACAAUACAAUACAAGUAAACGACACAAACGAACCCAAAUCAAAACAAAACAAACUCCUUCUCUUCCUUCUUUUUUAGGGCUUUUAAAACUCACUCUCACAGUCUCAGUCCUUGUUUUACUGUUUACCCCACUAUACCAAAAAAAAAACAUAGCUCAGUUACCUCCUUCUCAGGGUUCACAGUUCAGAAACUCAAAGACCUUCUGCCAAAAAUUUCUUUGAACUAAGGAAGGUGUUGUGGGUCAGGGGGCUUUGAAGGAAAGGUCAUUCACCUUUUGCUUUAAUACCACUUUACUCGAGGAGAUAAAAAAAAAAAAGAUAUGCAAACGCCAAAAGCAAGGGCCGGCUCUUUAGAAGUGCCACAAAGGAAAUCUCCGGCAACACCUCGGACUGCCCGGCAACUCAAGACGCCAGGGUCAGAAUCUGAUUCAGUUUCCUCUCCGCAUCCAGCCAGUAAGACGCCAAAAGACAAAAGCCCUAAAACCGUUGAACGCAAGUCACCACGAAGUCCAAUGUCUGAGCUCCAGAAGAAGCGUCCAAGCAGAGUGUCUGAAUUGGAGUCGCUGCUUGCUCAACUCCAAGAGGAUCUGAAAAAAGCAAAGGAACAACUGAACUCGUCUGAGUCAUUGAAGAGGAGAGCACAACAGGAGGCUGAAGAGGCCAAGAAGCAGCUCUUAGCCUUGUCAGAACAGCUUGAGGAAUCCCAACAGCAGCUGGAGGAGAUUUCUGCUUCUGAAGAGGCUCGGCUUCUAGAGCUUCGUAAAAUCUCCCAAGAUCGUGAUCGAGCAUGGCAAUCAGAACUCGAGGCUAUCCAGAGGCAAUACUCAAUGGAUUCAGCUGCCCUAGCUUCUGCCAUGAAUGAAAUUCAGAAGCUCAAAGCUCAGCUGGAAAUGGUGGCUGAAUCGGAAGCUACCCAAGCUAAGAAGGCAGAGUCAGCACAAGCUGAUAUUGAGAGCUUGAGAAUUGAACUUUCUGAAACCCUGCCCCUGGUUGAAAAGUUGAAAACCGAGCUGAAUGAUUGCAAAGAAUCUGAAGCUCAGGCCCGAGAAGUUAUAAGUAAAACUCAAAGGCAAUUGGAAGAAGCAAAUGAAACUGCAGAGAUGCUCCGGUCAGAUGGCAUCAAAGCCACAGAGGCUCACAAUUACUUGUCGUUGGAGUUGGAGCAGUCAAAAGCUCAAGUGAAAUCAUUGGAGGGACUUGUGAGCAAAUUUCAGGCAGAUCUGGUUAACAGCAACAGCACAAAAUUGUUGGAUCCUACAGACAACAAAAUUGUUCAAGAAACUGAAGAAAAUGAGGAAACAAAACAGCUAAAAUCUGAGCUUAGUUUUGUGAAAUUUGAAGUGGGUCAAUUGCGAGCUGCUGUAGAUGCAGCUGAGAUCAGGUACCAGGAAGAAUAUAUUCAGAGCACAUUGCAGAUUAGAAGUGCUUAUGAACAAGUUGAACAUAUGAAAUCAGAAUCAUGCCAAAGAGAGGUUGAGUUGGAGUCAGAAUUAAAGAAAUCUAAGGCUCAUAUCGAAGAGUUGAGGGCUCAGUUAAUGGACAAGGAAAAUGAAUUGCAGAGUAUCUCAGAGGAAAAUAAGGGAUUGAGCUUGAAGAGUGAAAAAACCAUAUCGAAUGAAAAAGAAUCUGACCUUGCAAUAGAGUUGAAAAAGUUGGAGGCUGAUUUAGCAGGCUUGAAGGAAACUGUGUUGGACAAGGAGACACAGUUGCAGAAUAUAGGGGAGGAAAAUGAAAUGCUCAAGAUGGAAAUUAAGAAGAGAGACAUGGAGAGAAGUAAAAUUAAUGAUGAGGCUUUUGCUUCGGCAGAAGAAGCAAGGGCUGCAGAGCGAGAGGCUUUGAUGAAACUUGGUUCUUUAACAGAGGAAGCAGACAAAAGUAGCAGAAGAGCGGCACGGGUGACUGAGCAGUUGGAUGCAGCACAGGCUGCAAAUUCAGAAAUGGAGGCUGAGUUGCGGAAGUUAAAGGUGCAGUCUGACCAGUGGAGAAAGGCAGCUGAGGCAGCUGCUGCUAUGAUUUCAAGCGGAAACAAUGGGAAAUUUGUGGAGAGAACAGGUUCUCUUGACAUCAAUUACAAUCCUAUGGAUUCACCUUAUUCAGAAGAUAUGGACGAUGAUUCUCCUAAGAAGAAAAAUGUGAACAUGUUGAAGAAGAUAGGCGUGCUAUGGAAGAAGGGCCAGAAGUAGGUGCAAUUGUGGCAGGUAUUUUGGUGGGUGCACACGGCUGAAUCUCAUUGUUGUAGAGAAAUAUGUAUUGACAAGACUAAGUUCUUGCAGACUGUAUAGUAAUGUGGAACUGGUGAACUUUGAUAGUUCCAUUUCAUUUGGUAGAUGCAUUAUGUAUUUUAUCUUUUUCCUUUUGACAUCUUUCUGCCUAUGUUUUGAACCAGUGGGUCAUUGUGCCAUUACAUCAGGAGGGAUUAUGUAUGAACAUGGGACUAGCGAUCUGAAAUCAUGACCAUGUUAUUUGUUAUUUGAGAGAUGAUAUGAACCCUUUUGGUGUAUAACAUGGGCCAAUGAGUUUCCUUA